AUGCCUGCCUCUCGUGAAGAUUCUGUCUAUCUUGCCAAAUUAGCUGAACAAGCUGAACGUUAUGAAGAAAUGGUUGAAAAUAUGAAGGUUGUUGCUUCUUCCGGUCAAGAAUUAUCGGUUGAAGAACGUAAUUUAUUAUCAGUUGCUUAUAAAAAUGUGAUUGGUGCUAGACGUGCUUCCUGGAGAAUUGUUUCAUCAAUUGAACAAAAAGAAGAAGCUAAAGGUAAUGAACAACAAGUUAGUUUAAUCCGUGAUUAUCGUUCUAAAAUUGAAGCUGAAUUAUCUAAAAUUUGUGAAGAUAUUUUAUCAGUUUUAACCGAUCAUUUAAUUUCUUCUGCUCAAACUGGUGAAUCAAAAGUUUUCUACUAUAAAAUGAAGGGUGAUUAUCAUCGUUAUUUAGCUGAAUUUGCCAUUAGUGAAAAACGUAAAGAUGCCGCUGAUUUAUCAUUAGAAGCUUAUAAAGCUGCUUCUGAUGUUGCAGUCACUGAAUUACCUCCAACUCAUCCAAUUAGAUUAGGUUUAGCCUUAAAUUUCUCUGUCUUUUACUAUGAAAUUUUAAAUUCUCCUGAUAGAGCUUGUCAUUUAGCUAAACAAGCUUUUGAUGAUGCAGUUGCUGAUUUAGAAACUUUAUCUGAAGAUUCUUAUAAAGAUUCUACAUUAAUUAUGCAAUUAUUAAGAGAUAAUUUAACUUUAUGGACUGAUUUAUCUGAAGCUCCAGCUCAAUCUGAAGAACAACCAGCUGAAUCAAAACAAGAUGAAGAAUAG